GAUAUGUCGUUUAAGGAGAAACACUGGCAUGAGAAAUGCUUCCACUGCAGUAUGUGCAAUCUAUCCUUGGCAGACAAACCAUUCACCAUCAAGGAUUCCAUUCUGUACUGCUCGGAUUGCUACGACGAGAAAUUUUCUCCUCGCUGUGCUGGAUGCAAAAAGAUUAUUAAGGCCGGAUCCAAAAUGUAUGAGUACAAGGGUUCCACUUGGCACGAAGAGUGUUUCACUUGUAUUGAAUGUAAACAGCCGAUUGGCACGAAAAGUUUUGUUCCAAAGGACAAUGGCGUUAUCUGUAUGCCAUGUUACGAAGAGAAGUAUUCACAGAGAUGUUUCAAGUGCACCAAACCAAUCAUAAAGGAUGGAGUUACUUACAAAGGUCGGCCAUGGCACAAGGCCUGUUUCCUCUGCGUGAACUGCAGCAAAGAGCUAUCUGGUCAGAAAUUCACUUCAAAGGACGAGCAACCAUAUUGUGCUGAAUGUUACACUCAGUUAUUCGCAAAGCGCUGCAACAAGUGUGCAAAACCAAUAAGCAGUUUUGCUGGAGGAAAAUUCAUAACGUUCAAAGAUAAACAUUGGCACUCUGAAUGUUUUACGUGCACAAAAUGCGGCAACUCGCUAGUGGAAUGUGGCAGAUGA